CCGCAGGCAGACUAUGCACAAGGAAGAGUAUUUUUUUACUUUCAAGAUUCCAGUACAACCAAGAAGUACUGCGCUUUUUUAUUCUAGGUAACUUUAGUUGUGAUACCAUAGGAUGAUAGCUUUAAUUACAUUGUCUUUGUGUGUGCGUGUGUGCGCACAUAUAUAAAUGGUAUAUUAUGUGUUUCUGUUUCGAUAUUUCCCUAUAUUAUAAAUAAGCUGCAUAUUUCACGUUUUUUUUUGUGUGGAAUAUUCUUACAGUCCAUAUACAGGUAACUGCAGAGUUGCGGGCACAGUUCCUUUUAGUGGUGUUUCAUUUCAGGAUUUUGGAGUCUGGCCAGCUCUUGCCUGAAUCUGUGAAUAGCACCACAACUCAGCAGUGGUCAGUUUGUCCGAAGCUGUCAGCUGACAGUGGAAUGUACUGAGGACGGUAGACGAAUGGAAACAAAUCCGGAACCUGCAGAUAACCUGGACUGAGAAUGGAGUUUGAGACCUUGGGAAUGAGCAGGAAUGAGAGCAGCUAAAUCAUCACCUGCACCACCUAAACGACCUGUCGGGGCAGUCACACAAGCACUGCUGUGGGAGGUGCAGCAGUGCUGACUGCGGGGAGGAUGGAAAAGUGUGUUCCACAGGUGGAGGGGUCAAUGGCUCACCUGCUGAAGCUUGGUGGGGUGCUCCUAUCAUUCAGCCUGUGUGCUACGGCUGUGGUCCUGCAAAAGAUUGAGUAUGACCAGAAUCCUCAACUUACCUGUGCACAGGGCCUCACAGACUGCAGAGUGGAAGCUGAGGACCUGUUUGGACAUGACUCAGAUGUGGAUGUCAGUAGACUGGAGCUCAAGGCAUUGCUGUGCUGCAGUAGGGGCAGUGACUGCAGGCCUUGCAUACAGAUCCAUAUUUACCUCACUGUCACAGCACUCUAUGACGACCAGGAGCUGUCAGGUUACCAGGUGGAUGAAGAAAGCAAAGAGCGAGAGGAGGAAUGGGGAAGUGGCGAGCAUAUGCUCCCCAGCCAGACAGAAGCCUCAAUAAAUGUGUGUUACACUGUCCCAAGCUUUUUAAAUGAGUGCAAGACACUAAAGUUCACACUGCCCCCUCGUGCCAUGGAGGACCAUAAGUCUGGGAUGUGGCUGUCACUGGUGGUAUCUGAUAAGUUGUUGUUUGGAAGUCCUGUGUUUGUUACUGCCAAAUCCACCCAUGAGAAUGUCACGCUGCCCGCUGAAAACGAUGUGUGUUCCCGAGCCCUAAAGAGAAUUGUGAAUGAAUGUAAUGUGCCCAGACUGCUCACUGUCAUUGACCGAGAGAAGGGUGUGGCCACACUGCAAUUGGAUGAGGAGGACAUGAACUACUCUUUCCCAAUGGGAUUGUGUCAGAUAUAUGCAGAGAGGGGAGACUGCAGAUACCAACAAUUGAACUCAACAAGCAAGAAGAUUAUGAUUCCGCUGCACUCUGUCACUCCCUGCCUGUGCUUUCAGGUGUGGUGGAUAAAAGAUAAUGCGCUGCGUGUGAACAGCUGUCCCUUUGUGAACUACACAGAGUUCCUCAAGAACAUGUGGGACAACGUAUCAGUGUCCGUGGAUCCCGUGCCGACAAACGGCAAUGACACGGUCCUGUCCUGGACCCUGAGUGCCCCCUGCAGGGUUGAAGCUGAACUGUGGCUGUGCAGAAUGGAAAAGGGAGGGGCCGGGCAGGGGUGCGGAGAGGUCGAGGGCUCCAGGCUGCGACUUCAGGACAGCAUACUGACAGACUGGCAAGUGAACAGUCAAGGGCACUGGAUAAAAGGAGAAUUUGGCAAUACGGAUCCUCAUCCUUCGCUGUGUGUACUGGGAAAGGUGCAAGGAAUGAGCAGUGAGCUGGGCCCUUUGUGUCCCUUUGCAGGUUCAGCUCCAAAAGGUCACUGGAGCCUGACAAUUCUGGUCAGUGUGCUGAUACUCUGUCUGGCGAUCCUGGGAGCCUACCUGCUGCAGAGCAGUCUUAAAGGUUGGGUGUGGAAGUGUUUCAAAGAUGAGGACAUAAGGGGUGCAGUUGGGGGUGGGCAAGUUGUGCUGCUGUACCCCCCAGACCCGGACCAGGCCCUCCCUGGGCUGGUGUGCAGGCUGGGCUCUUCCCUGUCGGCUCUGGGCUUCAGCGUGUCUCUGGACCUGUGGAGCCGGGGGGAGCUGAGCAUACUGGGGCCCGUGCCCUGGCUGCACUCCCGGCUGGACCGGCUGCAGCGGCACGGGGGCAAAGUGGUUCUGAUCCUGACGCGCGCGGCGCUCGAGAGGGCGGAGGAGUGGGGGCGUUGGGGCAGGGACAGGGAUGGAGUCUGUGGAAACGGGAAAGACAGUGAAGAACAGGAGGAGUUCACCUCCCACUGCUCCCCUUACGCCGACGUCUUCAGCGCGUCGCUGAGCUGCGUUCUGGCGGACUACCUGCAGGGCCGCGCUGGGGAGCGCUUUGUCCUGGCGCAGUUUGAGUCUCUUCCCCCCCUCCCCCUGGGGAACGGGCAGCCGCUGCCCGAACUCUUCAGGGGCCUGCCGCUCUUCAGCCUUCCUUCUCAGAGCCUGGGCUUCCUGACCGAGCUGGCGGUGGCCCGCGGGGGGCCCAGUCGGCGGCGCCGGGCGGGGGGGUUACGGGCAGCCUCACGGGCGCUGGCAGUGGGGCUCCGGGGUUUCGGGAGCUCAGGGGGUUUCCGGCUACCAGGGUUCUCCCCGGGCAGUGCUGCUGCAGGGGUGGAGGACCUGUGGGAGACUGUGCCCCUACAGCCAUGCCACACACCACCGCCAUCCAGCCCCAGCUCCAGCCCCAAGUCUGGAAAUGUGGCCUGGGUGUAGGGGGGGGGGGGGUGGGGUGGGGGUCGUCACUACAUGUGAGCGGCAAGAGAAGAAUGAGCACUGAGUGGGUUAGGAGGCUUACCCGAUCCACAUAUAUCAACAAAGACAGGCACUCCAACUGUUCCUUGUUGCUCAGGCAUGAGUGUGAGUGACUGAUAAAGGAUUAUUCCAGUCUUAUUUGUGUCAGAGUUAGUGCAAACACUGGAAGCCUGUUUUCACCUCAUGAAUUUCAGUGUGAUACCACUUUUGUGGCAUUGUAUAUUAGUUGUACAUUCAAGAAGGAUUCUGCAUUUAUACAAAAGGGCCCAAACUACUCUGACAUUCAGUUGAGUCAGUACCAUGGCAGGUAAUUUUGCUUGACAUUUUUACCUUAAGAUCUGUUUUGUAAAUUCUAUGUGUAAAAUAUGUGAAGGCCUUUCUUUUUAAAGAUGUUCAGGCCUCAUUGUUCAUUGUUUGAAAGAUUUGAUCUGUAUAUUUAUGUGCAUAUUGUGUGUAGCACAAAUUAUGAACUACAGAAAAAAAGCUAUUGAAGGAAAUGUGUGUUGUGUAUUUAAGAGAUGUAUAAAGUUUGUGAAGAUACUGUUUUGUUUUUUAUUUAAUUAACUGUUUGCUAUUUUGCUGUCAAUACGUAGCAGCACAGCAAUAAAGUUGAGUGCCUCUGA